GGCAAAGAGAAGGAGAGAGAGAGAGAGAGAGAGAGAGAGAGAGAGAGAGAGAGAGAGAGCAGGGGGAGUUUUCACUCAUUCCUUACCCUCUUCUUCUGUUAAAGGGGCAGUUUUUGUUUUUCUCUGAGGAUGUCUGACGGUGAAUCAGCAGGAAGCAACCUGGUGUCGGUGGACUUUGAGAUCUUCGGUCAUGUUCAGGGAGUCUGUUUCAGAAUGUACACAGAGAAGCAGGGUCUGCAACUUGGGCUGGUCGGUUGGGUCAAGAAUACCUACAGUGGCACGGUGGUGGGGCAGGUCCAGGGUCCUGCAGAUAAGGUGGAGAGGAUUACCAGACGGGUGGAGUUUACUGAACCAGAGCUGCUGAGAUUCAAACAUCUGAAGCUGUUUUAAAACCCUUUUUGUUGCAGGAAACAGAAAGAGGAAAUAUUUGUGAAGGAAGGUGUGGUUGAGUAAAGAAGGAAGUCCAUCCAGUCGGAUCACCAAAGCCAACUUUGCCAACCAGAGAACCAUUGAUAAGCUGGAGCUCUCUGGCUUCAAGACUCGCUUCUGACCAAAUAAUCAAAAGCACAAAAGGCACCUCUAGUGCUCACACCCAUUUAAUAGCUAAAUGUAAUAUUUCAGAUUUUAUUUCCAUGGUUUUAUGAAUUCUAUGAAUGAAGACUGUUGCAGGAGUUUGUUUGUUUGUAGAAAGACUCACUUUGAGUCCAGUCAGUUGGGAUAAGAACAGCAGAAGUUGAAUUCACCUGCUGCCGAAAGUGUUCUGUCACAUAACUAAAUAUAUGGUAGUGUUUUAUUAUUUUUGAAAAAGAAGGCUUAACAUUAUGUACCAGUCUAAGUGGACAUGAGAGCCAAAGCCAACACCAAAAAAAAACUCACUGAUUUGAGGAAAAACAAGUACUGGAAACCACAAUGUUUAUACAUUAUACAAUGUAUAGAAAUGAAACAGAUCAGAUCAAGA